AUGUCUUGCUCUACUCUCUCUCUAACACUAGGCAUCCUAAGCAGUUUGGUUUUUCCAGAUGUUAGUACUCUCAAACUUCCACUUGCUGGCAACAUCAACACAAUCACAAGAAGAAUAUUUUUAAAGAGCAAUGAAGAUCUUCCCCGUAGUCUGGAAAUGGAGGACUCCACGAUGACUAUGGCUCCAACUAGCAGCGGCAAAAUAAACUCACCUACCAUCCUUCGCCUUCAUCCACUCUUGGCAAAUUCAGCACACGCUCAUGCAAACUUGCCGCUCCGCUUUGGUCGUGACUCUGCACACAUGCAACGGGUGCCUAAGUCCUCCAUCAACCUACCGCAGAGGUUUGGUCGCUCAAGAACCAACAAGCCUACCUUUGGCCUGCAAUGUACAAUGUGCCGCCGUACUGAGAAUCCACCUUCAGCCACACUUCCACAGAGAUUUGGCAGACGAAACCUUCUGUUCGGGGAUCCUUUUCAUGCAGGAGCUAUGUUUGCUCGCACCCUUGAGAUGCCAUCAAUUAAAGACAGGACACCAGACCAUGACUACAUGACUGAAACUGUUGAAAAGGAAGAUAAAGCUUUAAAGAGUAACAUACACUAAUUUACAAAUCAAAGGAAAUCUAAAACUGACAAAUGUGUCUGAAAAAUUCUGUGAUUGUUUAAUCUGUUUUCUUAAAGUCUAUAUAUAUUUGAACAUAUACAGUGAGGGAAAAAAAUAUUUGAUCCCCUACUGAUUUUGUACGUUUGCCCACUGACAAAGAAAUGACCAGUCUGUAAUUUUAAUGGUAGGUUUAUCUGAACAGUGAGAGACAGAAUAACAACAAAAAAAUCCAGAAAAACACAUUUCAAAAAAGUUCUACAUUGAUUUGCAUUUUAUUGAGUGAAAUAAGUAUUUGACCCCUUUGCAAAACAUGACUUAGUACUUGGUGGCAAACCCUUGUUGGCAAUCACAGACAUCAGACAUUUCUUGUAGUUGGCCACCAGGUUUGCACACAUCUCACAUCUCAAGGAAUUUGGGCCCACUCCUCUUUGCAGAUCCUCUCCAAGUCAUUAAGGUUUUGUGGCUGACCCUUCAGCUCCCUCCUCAGAUUUUCUAUGGGAUUAAGGUCUGGAGACUGGCUAGUGCUUCUUUUUGAACCACUCCUUUGUUGCCUUUGCCGUGUGUUUUGGGUCAUUGUCAUCCACGACCCAUUUUCAAUGCAAGGAGGGAGGUUCUCAUCCAAGAUUUAACGGUACAUGGCCCCGUCCAUCAAUGGUCAUAGGCAGCCUCCUCCUCCAAACACGGCGAGUUGAGUUGAUGCCAAAGAGCUGGAUUUUGGUCUCAUUUGACCACUUUGUCCUCUGAAUCAUUCAGAUAAGUUUAAUUUGCCUUUAUUUGUCACAUAUACAUUACAGCACAGUGAAUUUUCUUCACAUAUCCCCUCUUUGGAGGUUGGGUCAGCCAUGAUACACCACCCCUGGAGCAGAGAGGGUUAAGGGCCUUGCUCAAGGGCCCAACAGUGGCAACUUGGCAGUACUGGGGCUUGAAAACCCAAUCUUCUGAUCAACGACCCAGAGCCUUAACCACUUGAGCCACCACUGCCCUAUGAUGUCCAGAUGUUCACUGGCAAACUUCAGAUGGUCCUGUACAUGUGCUUUCUUUAGCAGGGGGACCUUGUGGGCGCUACUGGAUUUCAGUCUUUCACGGUGUAGUGUGUUACCAAUUGUUUUCUUGGUGACUGUGGUCCCAGCAGCCUUGAGAUCAUUGACAAAAUCCUCCAGUGUAAUUCUGGGCUGAUUCCUCGCCAUUCUCAUGAUCAUUGAAACUCCAUGAGGUGAGAUCUUGCAUGGAGCCCCAGACCGAGGAAGAUUGACAGUCCUUUUGUGUUUCUUCCAUUUGGGAAUAAACGCACCAACUGUUGUCACCUUCUCACCAAGCUGCUUGGCGAUGGUCUUGUAGCUCAUUCCAGCCUUGUGUAGGUCUACAAUCUUGUCCCUGACAUCCAUGGACAGCUCUUUGGUCUUGACCAUGAUGGAGAGUUUGGAAUCUGAUUGAUUGCUUCCUUCUGUGGACAGGUGUCUUUCAUACAGGUAACGAGCUGAGAUUAAGAGCACUCCCCGAGAGUGCUCCUACUGUAAUCUCAGCUCAUUACCUGUAUAAAAGACACCUGGGAGCCAGAAAUCUUUCUGAUUGAUAGGGGUCAAAUACUUAUUUCACUCAUUAAAAUGCAAAUCAAUGUAGAACUUUUCUGAAAUGCAUUUUUCUGGAUUUUUUGUUGUUAUUCUGUCUCUCACUGUUCAAA